AUGUCUCACGGAAAGAAACACCUGAAAGAUGCUGUUGUUGAAGUAACUUGCAAGGCUGGUGACAAGAAAAUUGUGAGUUAUGGUACCACAAAGAUCAAUGGCAAAUUUAGCAUCACGGUUGAAGGAUUUGAAUAUCGCAAAUAUGGAGCAAAGGCUUGCAAGGCUAAACUCCACAAUACUCCAAAGGAUUCAAAGUGUAGCAUUCCUACAAACCUUCAUUGGGGAACUAAGGAAUGCAAAAAGCCCAAGGCUACACCUGCUCCAUACUAUUAUAAAUCUCCUCCACCUCCAACACCGAAUUAUGUUUAUAAAUCACCACCUCCUCCAUCGCCGGCUUACGUUUAUAAAUCACCACCUCCUCCAUCGCCGACUUACGUCUAUAAAUCACCACCUCCUCCAUCACCAACUUACGUUUAUAAAUCACCAUCUCCUCCAUCACCGAA